GAGGCGGCCCCGGAGAGGCGAGGCCUGCGUGCGCGCCGCCGCGUCCCCUGGCCCCAGCCUACCUCCAGGUUUUCCCCUCCCCCGCACCGCUCGGCGGCGCCGAGGUGUGCGGAGGUGGGGGACCGGCGAGCGGAGCCGGCUGCUUGCUCGGCGCGGCCCGAUUGUUUUAAAACUCGCCAGCGAAUGCCUUCCGCUGCAGAGAGAGGAUGUGCCUGCCCAGCAGCACGCAGCAAACCGGAGGGUCUUAGCUUACGCCUCCUGGGACUAGGGAGAAAGUAACCAGGACGAGGGAGCUCAACCCAGGCGGAGAGCAGCCCGGCGGGCGCGGGACGCGGGACGCCCGGCGGGGGCGCAGGGCCCGCGGGCUCUCGGCCGCGAGCCGGGCCGCCAGGGGCGAAGGACUUAAAUAGCGGGGGCCGGAGGGGGCGGCGGGCCCGCGCGUGACGAUACUUUCCGAGGAAGGCUGGGGCAGCCGAGGAGUUUGCAGAUCGGCCUCACCCUCCCGUCUCCCCCCCACCCCAAGAGGGGAAGGGGAAAAAAAAAAAAAAGUGGAAGGGAGGCGGGGAGAGGAGCCACCCCGUUUCCUCCCCUGGAUUCUGCGGAAGGGCUGGGGCGGCGCGGGCAGAGAGAGGGCGCGGACCGAGCGGACCAAUGGCAGUCAACAGGUCCAGGCCUCGGCAGGGCCGCGGGCCCGGCCUCCUCUCGCCGCCCGGGGCCCUCCCCGCCCCCGCCGGCCCUGCCCGGCUGCCGUCUCGGCCACCAGGGCCCCGGUGGGGGCGGGGCGGGGGUUCCCCCGGCGGAGAAUCCUCCCGCGGGGCGAGCGGCGCAGGGGGAGGGGCCGCCAGUCCCGGCAAUGGAGGAUUAGGAAGGGCUCGGGCCCGACACGAGCGCGGCCCGCGCGUGGCAUGCUGGGUAAAAAGUGGCCGAGCCACACCGGGAGAGAGCCGAGAGGAGCCGGGGUCAGAGGUCAGGGCCCCAGGAGCCCGGCGCGCAGAGCUCCCCCACGUGAACGCAGCGAGCGGGAGGAACCUUUUUGUUUUCCACCGCGCCAGCAUGCUCCCCUAUUGACCGGGCUGCUGGAAAGAGAGGCGCUGCCUAGCGGCUCCCAGCCCGCCCCACCCCCCCCCCUCCACUGCCGACACACAGCCCAACUCUUCUCCCCUUCCCCUCCACUCAUCCCAGCCCCCCGCACGGGGCUGGCAAGAACGCAGUAAAUUUGCUUUAACAACAAGUGGGGGUGGUUGCAUUUACUCCUCCCUCUCGUCUCUCCUCCUCUCCCCCCCCCCUCCUCGCCGCGGCUCUUGACACUACUACAAACCAGCACUAUAAACAUAAACAUGUGUCACUGUAACAGGGCAGGUAAUAUACGCCUUUUGAGGUGGGGUGGGGUGGAUGGGGGCUUGGUCGCUGCUUGGGGGGCAGUAAAAAAAAAAAUCAUGUUUCACGUGCUCGACGUCUUUGAGGGCUCCCCCCACACGCCGAUCCAUUUAUAUAGAAUGCAGAGAGCGCCCAGUCACUUAGUCACACAGACCCACAAAAGCAGACUUGCCAAUAAUCAGAGUACCCCCAAAGCAAAUAUAUUUAAAUACCAUCCCUCUCCUCCCUCAGCCACCGCUGCCAUUUCUUCCAUUAGCAAGCAGUAGCGUCAAUAAUUGAAUCCUCUUUCCUUUUAAAAAUACUUUUUUUUUUUUAGGAUAGCGAUAGAAAUCAACUUUAGACCUAAAUCGAACACCACUCUCUUUCCUACUACACAGUCUGCGCAGAGAUUCCUUCAAACAACGAGAAAGGCUGUUUAAAAACUGAGUUCGAGACCUAGUAUGCAAAGGUUAUUUCCUGGGCUGUGCCUUCACGCGUUUUCCAACUUCUGCAAGUUGCCGCGCCAGGCGGAGUGCAGAUUCGCCACCCGCAAGGCUUUAUUAUUAUUUAGCCUAUUUAGACUGCCUCUCAACUUUUCUCUCAUUCUUAGUUCAACGACCAUAGCAAUCUACAACUUAAGAUAGAGUAAGGCGAAUCCCUGUACAAGCUUGAGGCUUGAAACCCAGGAGAAUCAGAAAAUGUUCAGAUGAGGAAGUGGUUCCCUUUGUUCUUUCAUUGUUUCUCUACCAACUGGUGGAUACAAGGACAAACACUUACCUUCUCUUCUUUUUCCUCCAAAAACCAGACGCUCCCAUCGGCCUUAAAAUACACAAUCCACCUUGAAAGUAACUAGGAACGUCGGGAGAGUUUGUAUUCCAUUCUUUUUCGCUCUCUGCCCUCUUUUAGCGUAGGAUUAAGUUGCCGAGCACGUUGCUGCAUGCUGUAGCCCCCCCGCCUUAGUGAAUCGGUCACGUUUAGGACCCUCUAAGUCCACCUAAUUCUGCCAGUAGAAUUGAGGGUAUUGGAUCUCUAAACUUUCAAAGGGGAAGGGGCCUGCAACUCUCCAGAAAACUUGGAAAUAACCUUAAGUUUUUGU